CAUGUGAAGAACUGACAUCGAAGUAGGUGUUUUCAACUCGUUCGUAUACCAAGAGUUACUUUUCAAAAUGUCUGAUGCCAAGACCAGUUUGGCCCGUGAUGGUACCAUGCAGGUUACUGCCAAGGAGGGUAUAGGGUACUUGGAAGCAGCAGGUAAAGACAAACUCCUGGAAAUGCAAGGACUGAAGGAUUCAAAGGCUGACAAACCUAAUGUAGCACGAGAUGGAACUAUGGUAGCAACAGCAAAGGAAGCUGAUGCUUUAUUGGGCAAUAACAGACCUGAUGACGAUGCCAGGACAAGAGGUCAGAAUGUAAAGAUUCAGGAAAUGGCCAAGGAAGAACCACCAGCAAAGAAACCCAGAAUGGCAAAGGGAGUAACAAUGAUUGGUACUGCUCAGGAAGCUGAACAAAUUUUGGGUGACAACAAACCAGAUGCUGAUGCCAUGACUCGAGGCCAGCAGAAAAAACUGGAUGAAAUUUCUAAAGAAACUCCUCCCACCCCAACGAGAAAACCUCGCAUGUCCAAAGAAGGCACAAUGGCUGCCACAGCUAAGGAGGCAAAGGCAUAUUACAUUGGAAAGGACAAACUUGGGGACACAAGGUCAGAAUCUAAGGCUUUGAGGCAGUCUGCAGUUGGAUCACCCAAGAAAAUGACGUCUAUUGCCAAGACAAUAGGAGAAGCGGCCUAUGUAGUUCCUGAUAUUAAUGUUAGUGAAGGUAGAAAAACAAGAUCUCAAUCGAAUCCGAAGCCCGCUAUGAAACGUGCCGGAACAAUGCAGCAGACCGCCAAAGAUGGGAAAGAAUUUUUGAAACGCGGUAGGAAAUCAAAAAAAGCUGCUGCAGCCAAGAUUGAAGAAGAGGCUGAAGAAGAGGAAGAAGAUGACGAGUAGAGAUAUCGGUUUGAGCAAUCACCAGAAGCUUAUCGUUAUACUAUAAAAUCAACCUCUGUAGCCAUAUUCUUGAUAUUUCUGUAUAUAUGAAAUCCCAAGAAUACAUGCGAGUUCAUCUAGACCUUUGUGAAUGACAAAAAACAUGUAGUAACUGUUAUUGUAUGUGGUUUUUAUCUAGAGUUAAAAUUGAAGUGAUAGUUAAACACAAAAAAUAGUGUUACCAGGUUUUGUGCACUUGAAUCUGAACAAUGUGAUUCACAUUGUCUCAGUUCUUUUCUCAUCAGUAUGUGGCAAAAGGUUUUCAUAUUCACUUUUGUAAGUUUUGUGUAGCCAUUUCUGAUAUAUGUAUUCAUAUUUUAUUUGUUGAAUCUUUUAAGUGUAAUAUUUUUGCAUUGAAAACUUAUCUUAGAAUUGAGUAUUUUUAUGCCUCUAGUAAAUCAAGGGGAGACAAAUUCCUCAGACCUGUCUUGUUAGAAGAACUUGAAAUAGUUACGCAUUCAAACCAUACAAUUUCGGUAUUUAUUAUGGACAUGUUAUUGAAUGAGUUGUAUGAAAAAAAUAGCCUGCAAAUGUUGACUACGGUUACCGUGAAAUAUCAUGUAAAAAUCAGUGCAGGAAAUAUUUGUGUGAUGUGUAUUUUCUGUGUGGUUGUGUUUAAAGAAUACUUUUGUCGGUGAAGAAAAGAGUAUGAAAUGGCAGCAACAAUUUGCAUAGAAUAAUCAUGUAGUUUAAUUUUUUUUUUUUUUAAUGUUUGCUUCUUCUGAGGGGGGGUAAUAAUAGUGGAUAUUGAAAAAUGUUUUAUAAAUGAAAUACAUAUGAAAAGUUUUAGAUUUAAAAAAAUUCCAAAUUUUACAGUUGAAUGAAAUCCUAUGAGGAACUGCAUUUAUCUAUCUUUUGUAAGAAACUGAACCUGAAGUUAAAAAAAAAUUUUUUUUUGUUUUCAACUUUUGUUUUAAGACUUAAACAAAAAUGAGAUACAAUAAGUUAUUUGAUAUACCCUCAACAAAGCUGUAUUUUAAUUUAACUUUUGGUACUGAAAUUUCACUUUGAGUGCUAUCAAAACUGAAGUAACUUUAAGUGCUAAAGUUUCAAAGUAAGGUAAGACAUUGUUGGUAUAUUUUGUAUACUGUGUUGGUACUUUGAUUGAGGCUUUCCCAAAUGUAUGGGUUUUCUUUUCCAUCCAGACGUUUCAUUUUCUGGCAUGAUUUCAUGACACUUCACUAUUCCUCCCCUUGUGAUAUGGAUGAAGCACACGUCAUUUUCUAAUUGUUCCAAUUUUUAUUUCAAAAUGCAGCAUAUUAUUGCUCUGUUUGCUUAAAGAUCAGUGAGGAUUUGUGCAAAUUUAAUGUGUAUCAUUUCAUAAUAAACAUUUUUUUUAAUCGAAAUGAAAUCAAUUAUUGGUACCAUUAAAGAAAGUAUCAACACAGUGGUUUGUAAACAUACAUUUAUGAAAGUAGCCCUUAAUGUUUUAAGUUUAAUGUUCAUAAUCUUUCAUUAAAACCCAAACGUCAGAGCUGUGGAUCAUUAUUGUUGCAUUUGGUCUCUUAAGAGUUAUUUCCGUCAGAAUCAUAUCAACACGAACUUGAUUUAAGUUUUCUUAAAAUAUUUAUUUUCCUCAUGAAAAUGAAACAUGUUAUACAAAACAUGGACGUUUUUAUAACCGAAUCACCUGUAGGAUCACAAUUUAUAUACAUUUUUGUCAAGAACAAAUAAAAUCUCAUGUUUUCUACAGUGUAGAUGUUAUCUUCCUGGUGAAGAAAUUUUAUGAUCCUAAUUAGUUAAACAUCGUUAGUUUCUGCAUUGUUUUCACAGUCCAUCAAUGACAUUGCUUUUUGUACGUUGUCUGCAGAUUUUUUUUAUCAAGAAUCAGAAUUCGGAACUCUUUUGUAAGGCUGCAUACACCCUUAACAUUGGGAAUUGUUUCUUGAAAGAUUUGAUUAAGAAAAUAUGGCCUUCUAUGUAACAUAGUCAUCAUUCAACCAGGAAAGUGCUUAAUCUGAUGUGUUUGUGAAGAAGGAAAAUUCAUUUGUUCUAUACAGCGAUAUGACCUUUCCAUAAUGCAUUUAUUGUGUGAAUGCCCAAAGGACAUUUUAUGAUCUGUGAAUAUAUGAUGGUGGUAGAAAUGAGUACCUGGGAUUUGAUUCAUACUCGGAAUAAGAUACAAAACAGUCAUGUUUUAUUUUCAUAAUUUCUUUUUUUUUUCAAUUCGUCAUAAUAUUCUAUCAUAUAUGUUUCUCACAAUACUAUUUGAUAUGGAACAGUUCGAAAGAUAAGCAGAUGAUAGACCUGGCAUUGUGUUUAUGAAUGAAAUAGAUUUACUUGAUAAAUGUACAAAUUGCGUAUGGUGAUGUUUGUUUCUGUCAUAUAAUAAUAAUAUUUCAGUUAUAAGAAAAUUUCAUUAUGCAUUUAAAAUUUUUUGUAGUUACUGAAAGACAAAUUGAUAAUGAGUCCCUUGUUGUUUUAAUGUUCAUUUAAAAAUAAUGAACACGGUUUUAAUGUAUGUGUUUCUUUAAUUUUGAAUAGAUGUAAAAUCUAUGAAUUGAUUUUAGCCAACAGUAUCUGUGAUAUAAAAACACCGGUUGUUUUAUUAUAUAAUAAUUUAUAUCACAUUUAAAUAUUUAUUUCAAUACUUUCAAACCAAAGGUUAAGUUUCUGAAGUCAAAAAAUAUUCCUAUAAAAUUGUUUAUCCACUCUCUUAGACGUUUUAUUUAAUGCUAAAUGAAUUUAUCAAAUAAACAUAUUUAUAAUAUAUGGAAGAAAAGUUUUGUGAUAAACCGAAAUGGAGGCUAAGUGUUAUUGUUUAUUUUUUCUAAUUUAUUUUGACUUCAUUUGUUUCUCUGACAAUUUCGUAAAACAUUGUUAUAUGUUUAUUGUAGUGCCACUUCUGUGUAGAAUGUGAGAUGUAUUAUAUCAAACAUGACCGAUUUUGUAAGUGAAUGAAAGAAAUUAAUAAAACUAUUUAGCAGAU